AUGCCGAUGUCAAUGCGCGACUUUCACGGGUUUGACUGGGAUAUAAGCGACGACUCGGACGUUGAAUCCUGCUUCGACAUGCCGCACCAUCCUCACCACGGGCUCGGCCUCAUUCAAGCGAUGGACCCAUAUACCACCAUCAUCGCUGCCCGCGCCCUCGUCGAGGAAGUGUUGAUCCAGCUCGAUGUGUUCACUUCGGGAGAGUCAGACGCAGACCAAGAUUUACUCGCCAAAGGGCGAAGACUGGCCGCUCGCUAUGAUUUCUUCCAGCGCAAAUUAGAUGCCGAUUUGGAGGGGACGUCGUCGGUGGCGGCCAGCGUGGAGAGGUAUUACGCGGAAUGCAAAGAAUUUCAGCAAGUAUGUACGUUAGCAAUGCGAGAACAUGAGGGGCUGUGA